GGUCGCUGUCCAGCGAAGAGAGAAGCAAGAACAGCGAGCCAAUGGUGUCUUCUUCCCAGCGACGCCCUCAGCCCCUGAAGCCUGCCGCUCCUCUCUCCUUCUUGGAAUUUGGUACUCAUUUCCAGAGACGCAGUCCCCCCUUUAAUCCCUAAACCUUAUCCGAAUCUUUCCUCUUCGCUGAAACUCUGUUCGAAAAACAACAGAAAGGCGUCGCCUUUUUUCAAGUCGUCGUCUUUGAAUCUAAGAAGAUGAAAUUCAGCUUCUUACAUCUCCAAGGCUCUCAUCCUCGAACUAAACCAGAGCCGCAUCGCCGCUGGGCUUAUUAAAUCUGGAUUCCCAUAAGCAAACCUUCUUUUCUCCCUCGCCGCCGGCCAUUACCCCGCCUACUUUGUCAUCCGACUAUGCCCAUCUCGUCCUUCCCCCGCCACCGCCGCCUCCGCAUAUCCUCGGCAGAAUGAAAUACGCCGGCGAGAUCGUGGAGGUCCAAGGCGGUCACAUUGUUCGCUCCACAAGUCGCAAAGAUCGACACAGUAAAGUCUGCACUGCAAAAGGUCCAAGAGACCGCCGCGUUCGCCUCAGCGCUCACACCGCCAUUCAAUUCUAUGACGUACAAGACCGGCUUGGCUAUGACCGCCCAAGCAAAGCAGUUGACUGGCUUAUGAAGAACGCCAAAGCCGCCAUUGAUGAGCUUGUCUCUGCUUCCAUAAAAAAGAACAUAGCUAAGCCCGAAGCCUCAGUUUCUGCUUCACUUACCCUCGCCGAACCUCCAAAUAGUCCACAGAAUAUCCGGCUUUCUCUCCAAUCCUCCCAAGCCGGGAUCUUUACCGAUCAAAACCCCGUUUUUUUCCUCAACUCUGAUUUAUCAGAGCAGAACCAGAGAAUGGCUUCAAGGAAUGACGUGGUAUUCGGCCGAGGUCAGUUUUUUACACAGAGGGAACCCCUUCAGUCCAGUAACUUGCCCGUGUUUCGUCCAUGGACAGAGACCAUGGAUCGGGAAGCUCACUAUCCAUCGUCUUCCUCUAUUGGAUUUUCAGGCUUCCGCAUCCCAGCAAGGAUUCAAGGAGAAGAGGAGCUUGACAGUAUCUCAUAUAAGCUGUCUUCUCGUUCCUCUUCUUCAUAUCACUAGUGACUUUUCCGCAAUGGCGACCUGGUGCUCUGCUGCUUGUUUAGUUGCUUCGCUUUCUCUGCUUUGUUUGAGAGGCUCUGCUGUGUUUGCUGCUCCUUUAGUUGUUCUUUCUCCUGCAACUUUUCUGAUAUUUCCUGUUUCCAAGAUGAAGUUUUUAUGGUUUCUGAAUCUUUAAGCCAGAUAAAAAUUUGAACUGGAAGCCAUGAUCUUUAGAACCUGCGUACUGUUGGAUGUGAUUGUUUUAGGUGGUGAAGAAGUUGAACAGCAAAGUCUUUGAUUUUUAGUGCCUUGAUGUAGUUUUCAUGGCGAUAAUGAACUGAGCGGUCUUUUUCUCACAACUUGUUUCCUUUAUGCAUUGUGUUAUGUAGUUUUCAUGACGAUGAUGAAAUGAACGGUCUUUUUCUCACAAAUUUGUCUUUUUGUUACAAAUUUGUU